GGGGUGAUUCGACAUGGCGCUCAGAAGGUGCUGCUGGAAGUUGGUUGGUCCUGGCUCACGACUUUUGUGGUCCGGUUCCGUUCAGCCCGGGACUUAUUCCCCAGUAGGACGAGUCUUUGUCAACACUCGCCAAGGUUACAAAAGCUCGGAGCUGCAGCUCCGCAGGUUCACCUCACGACAACCACCGAGCCCAGACGUGAGUUAUGAAGAGCUGAAGAGGCUCCUGUCCGAGCAGAAAGCUGUGCUCGUAGAUGUCCGGGAGCCCUGGGAGCUCAGAGAGUACGGCUUCAUCCCCGGCUCUGUCAAUGUGCCCUUGGGACAGAUGGACACUGCCCUCCAGCUGGGUCCAGAGGAGUUCAGAGAGAGGUAUGGAGGUGAAAUGCCCCUGCAGACAGAUCACAUCGUGUUCGUCUGUCUGGCAGGGAUCAGGAGUAAAACUGCUCUCAGCACAGCCGCCUCGUUGGGAUAUAAAGACAUUCAGCAUUAUCCUGGUGGAUGGCACGAGUGGGCGGAGCGUGAACAAAUCAAGUGACCCAAGGAUUUUGGAGUUGAAAGGAAUCACGCUAACAUGAGACCGACUAAAGGCAAAAUUGUUCAACCGUGAGCACAAAAACAAUUGAAGUGCAUGGAUUUAGUAAACCUCAGGAACUUUGCUGUAGUGACACAUCAUCUUUCAGUAAAUGAUCCACCUUAAAUACAUUCAGUGACCUCGUAUUCCAAUUAUGGGAGCAUUAGUGGAGCUUCAUCUGUGUUUUUUUAUAUAUUUAUGAAAUGACACGUUUGGGUGUUUAUUGGAACUCCAAACUAAACCAGAAAAAUCUGUUUCACACAAAUGUUCAACUGUCUUUUCGUGGUUAAACUGUUUUUGUUGCACAUUUACAGUUAUGUACAAUCUAACAUGAGUUUUUGAAGAAAAAAAAAAACUCAAGUCAUCCCUCGUUCUUUAUAGUUAAGCUUAAGGAGCCAGACUUUCCAGAAAUCUUUUCAAUCG